AUGUCUACAAAGCACCUAAGAACACACAAACAGACAGGUAAAAGAGUAUCUAUUUAACACUUCACUUAGUACAUCCAAAAUAUUCAGUAUUUGGUUUGGUUUACUUUAUAUCUAAAUGUUCCCCUCCUGAACUCGGCUGGUUUAUCUAGAGAUCUUGUCUCUCACACAGAGCCGAACCGCCAGGAGGCAGAAGCUUCAGAGCAAGAGGAUGACACUGAGGGAGUAGAGGAACAGGAGGCAGGAAAGGAGGGACACCUCCCCUCAGUGACCCCUUUGUGCUGACUGGUUCUGAUGACGGGUUUGCCUUUCAUCUUGCAGCUCAUUUCACUGUAUAUGGAUUUUCUAUUGUGUUAUUGACUGUACGUUUGGUUUAUUCCAUAUGUAACUCUGUGUUGUUUUUAAUCGCACUGCUUUGCUUUAUCUUGGCCAGGUCACAGUUGUAAAUUAGAACUUGUUCUCAACUGGCUUACCUGGUUAAAUAAAGGUGAAAUAAAAAUAAAUCAAUAAAAAAAUUCCCAGAGCAAGAAACAACCCACAGCAGUAGUUCAGCCACUUCAACCCUCCACACUGCAGCAGGGAAGCAGAACAGGUCAACUCUGAUAAUGCCAACACGAAAGUAGAAUAUGUUUAUUAAUAACAUAUCCUAAAAAGAGUUACACCGUCACCAAUUCCAAUAGAUUUACUUACUAAUUACUAGUCAAACCUCUGCUCUCUUUUUGUCAUUCCUCCAUGGCCCAAAGGCUUCCCUCCAGGGCUCAGUCUGGCCGUGGUGUCAGAAAGUCUUCCAAGCUACCUGAGACAGAUUCCUCUGUCCAGCCUCAACCAGGCCAUUCAGAAGAUCAACAGUGCCACAGAAAUGCAUCUUGUGACUCUGUUGCGACAGGUCCUGCAGGGUAUCUGA